AUGUCCGCAUCACCAACGAGACAGGCAACAGUGGAAGAUGCUACCUCUGCAUCUCCCACACCGACGCCUCCACCUGCCUCUGAUUUUCCAGAAUCUUCAUCAACUCAAGUCGAUAAAGUGGAAGAUCAACCUAUGAAUAGUCUAGGUGAUGACGAAGGAGAGGAAGAAUGGGAUCCAUCAAGUGAGAGACUGCCCGGUCAAUCGUCUCCGACCUCCAAGGAAAAGGAUUUCGCUGUAGAAGAUGAAAAUCACAAGGAAGAAGAAGGAAAGGAAAAAGAACAACCUUGGCAAGCUGUCUGGGCAGCUGAACAGAAUGCUUGGUAUUUCUGGAAUAAAGAUACAGGCGAAGUAACGUGGACAAAUCCUUUAGAACCCUCUUCCUCUUCCGCUUCUACUCAACCACCUUUACCUACCGAACAGCCCCCAACUGCUGCUGCUUCUUCUUCUUCAAUUAACCCAGGUCUCAAUAAUAAUGACAACGGGUAUGGAUUCGGUUUCGGUUUCGGUGAUCCAUCUCAACCAGAGAUAGAUCCAGGUCUAGCCCAUUUAUUCGGAGGUGAUUCCUCCGGACCAGGUGGUCUAGGAGGUGAUCCAACAAUGCAAAAAGCAAUGUUCAAUUCGCGUACGGGUAGAUUCACGGCGUCGAAUUAUGAGUAUACUGUGGGUCAUCUGGAUGAAUAUAAUAGGGCGAAAAGGAUGAAUAGUCAUUAUUUCGAUGUGGAUCAGUGGGAAAGGGAAAAACAACAGGAGAAUGAGAAGAAACGGAAGGCUUUGGAGGAUGGGAAAGGUGGUGAAAAGAAGAUCACAAAGAAAGAUAUGGAACGAUUCAGGAAGAAGAAUGCAGAGAAAAAAGCAAGAAGUCAAGCUUGGUUAAGGGAAUAG